AUGACCAGAGAUAUUCUAAUCGUUGGAGCCACAGGCCAGCAGGGCAAGGCUGCCAUUGAUGCAUUGUUCAAGACACGCGACAACUCCGCUCAAACACAAGACAUCCGGAUCCUAGCUUUAACGAGAUCAAUCUCAUCGCCAAAAGCUCAGGCACUUCAGUCCAAAUACCCAGACAUUAUUCUUGUCGAGGGAGACACCCAAACGCCACAGCCUAUUUUCGAAAAGUACCCAUCCAUCUCAUCUAUCUUUGUUGUUACGGUCCCGCCCAAUGAUGAGGCACAAGCCCUUCCCCUCAUCGAAGCCGCCGCCAUGACAGCCAAUCAGGUAGAUCACAUUGUCUUCUCGAGUGUCGACCGUGGAGGCGACACUGAGAGUUGGGCUCAGCCAACGGAGAUUCCUCACUUUGCGGCAAAACAUCGUCUUGAGCUACGACUUCGCCAACUAUGCAACGAGAAUAACAAAAGGUGGACUAUUCUCCGGCCUACUGGAUUUAUGGAUAGUUAUAAUCCUGGUUUCUUUGGCAAAAUGAUGGCUUCGCUGUGGGCAGAAGGCAUGCCGAAAGACCGCAAGAUGCAACUGGUCAGCACCCAUGACAUUGGUGUGUUCGCGACCAAAGCACUCCUCGACCCAGAAGGCUGGUCUGGAAAGGCGACGGCGUUGGCUGGCGACGAGUUAAGCUUCAUUGAGCUUCAGGAGAUCUUCAAGAGAGUUGUAGGAGAGGAAAUCCCACAGACCUAUAAAGUGGUGACUUACCCGAUUCUCUGGAUAGUUGCGGACGCGAACAAGAGCUUCGAGUGGUUCAGAACAGCAGGAUGGAAUGCAGACAUCAGUGCAUUACAAGCGCAGGAGCCGUCUUUGCAAAACUUUGAGGCUUGGCUUCGAAACUCUAGUCAAUGGAAAACGAGCUGA